AAAAAGGGGUACAAUCACCUCCUCUCCAUUCUCUCUCUGCAACUCUCUCUCUCUCUCUCUCUCUCUCUCUCUCAUACACACAGAGGAACGGAAGCAGAGAUCAAGAGAUGGACAUCAGCGAGGAAAUGAGAGCAGCGCACAAGCAAACAUUCCGCAAGUUCUUCGAUCAAGAUGAAUGGAAGGACAUCUACACACACGAGAUCAAAAACAUGAUGCAUCACAAGCGCCGCCGUCUCAUCCUCAACAUCUCUCAUUUCUUCGCUUACGAGGAAGGUCACUUGGCUCGCAGGUUGCUUCAAAAUCCAGGUGAGUACAUGCAAGCCCUAAGCGAUGCGGUCACGGAGUUCGCACGCAGCCUCGAUCCCAAGUACUUGAAGGAAGGAGAGCAAGUUCUUGUUGGAUUCGAAGGGCCUUUCGUGUCGCGUCGCGUUACCCCCAGGGAUCUCUUCUCUAGCUUCAUCGGUUCCAUGAUUUGUGUUGAGGGCAUUGUCACCAAAUGUUCUCUUGUAAGGCCAAAAGUUGUCAGGAGUGUUCACUUCUGCCCUGCAACAAAGGCAUUCACUAAUCGGGAGUAUCGAGAUAUUACAUCCAAUAUGGGUUUGCCCACAGGGUCCGUGUAUCCAACAAGGGAUGAGACUGGCAAUUUGUUGGUGACUGAGUAUGGAUUGUGCAAGUACAAAGACCAUCAAACACUAUCAAUGCAAGAAGUGCCUGAGAAUUCUGCUCCUGGACAGCUUCCACGAACAGUGGAUGUCAUAGUUGAGGAUGACAUGGUGGAUUCAUGCAAGCCUGGAGAUCGCGUGGCAAUUGUAGGGAUAUAUAAAGCUCUUCCUGGGAAAAGCAAGGGCAGUGUGAAUGGGGUGUUCAGGACUGUGCUUAUAGCUAACAAUGUUGCUCUGCUCAACAAAGAGGCAAAUGCGCCAAUCUACACUCCAGAAGACAUCAGCAACAUUAAAAAGGUAUCUGAGAGGGAUGAUACAUUUGACCUACUAGCUAAUUCACUGGCACCAUCAAUACACGGGCAUGCGUGGAUAAAGAAGGCAGUGAUUUUAUUGAUGCUAGGUGGAGCUGAAAAGAAUUUGAAAAAUGGGACCCAUCUACGAGGAGACAUAAACAUGAUGAUGGUUGGCGAUCCUUCUGUUGCAAAGUCUCAACUGUUAAGAGCAAUUAUGAACAUUGCUCCUUUGGCUAUAUCAACAACUGGUCGGGGUUCCUCAGGCGUUGGCUUGACUGCUGCAGUUACUUCUGAUCAAGAAACAGGAGAAAGAAGGCUUGAAGCUGGUGCAAUGGUUCUUGCUGAUCGGGGUGUUGUUUGUAUUGAUGAGUUUGAUAAGAUGAAUGAUCAAGAUCGCGUUGCUAUACAUGAAGUCAUGGAGCAGCAGACAGUAACAAUUGCCAAAGCUGGUAUCCAUGCAUCACUGAAUGCUCGAUGCAGUGUGGUAGCAGCUGCAAAUCCUAUAUAUGGAACUUAUGACCGCUCAUUAACUCCAACCAAGAAUAUUGGGCUCCCAGAUUCUUUGCUUUCUCGUUUUGAUUUACUGUUUAUUGUGCUGGAUCAAAUGGAUCCUGAUAUUGACCGUCGAAUUUCGGAGCAUGUCUUGCGUAUGCACCGGUAUCGUUCUGCAAUAGAUGGAGGUCAGGCAACAUUUGAUGGGAGCUCAAGAUAUGGAAGAGAAGAAGAAGCUGAUGCAGGCUCCUCUGUUUAUGUAAAGUACAACCGAAUGCUACAUGGGAAGAGAGCAGAACGUGGUCGAAAGCGUGAUACCCUCACUAUCAAGUUUCUUAAGAAGUAUAUUCAUUAUGCAAAACAUAGAAUUCAGCCAGAGCUGACUGAUGAGGCAUCUGAUAACAUUGCAACUGCAUAUGCCGAACUCAGAAAUGCCAGUUCAAAUGCAAAGACUGGGGGAGGAACGCUUCCAAUAACUGCCAGAACUUUAGAAACCAUAAUACGGCUCUCUACUGCUCAUGCCAAACUGAAGUUGAGCAGACAGGUUCUAAAGUCUGAUGUUGAAGCAGCUCUUAAACUGCUAAACUUUGCGAUAUAUCACAAAGAAUUGACUGAAAUGGAGGAUCGCGAGCAAGAAAGAGAGAAGGAGUUGGAGAGAAAACGCAAAGCUGACCAUGAUGGUGGCAAUGAUGGUAGAGCUGGCCAUGUUGAUACUUCUGUUAGAGGAGGGACUGAAGCUAUGGAAGUAGAUGAGCCUCCUCCUGCAGCUCAAUCUAGUGUGAAUGUAUCCUCAGAAAGACUAGAAGCAUUUAACACUUUAUUCGGACAGCAUGUGCGGGAACAUCACGUGGAUCGCAUAUCUAUUCAAGAUAUUGAAACUACUGUCAACAGCAGGUCAGCUGUACCUUACUCGCGUGCAGAGAUCAUGUUUCUGUUAGAGAAACUCGGGGAUGAUAAAAUUAUGAUACACGAGGAUACAGUGUAUAUUCUUUGAAGAAAUUCAAGUGGAGCCAUCCUUAAUUCAGUGUGUAUUCUUGUUAUUUUCCGAAGGACUGUUUGGGACUUGGAUAGUCAUUAAUUGAGGAAAAGCAAACAUCUAUGGUCUGUUUGUCUCCCUGUGGCUGUGUAUGCUAGUUAUUUGGCACUUCAUUUUGCCAGAACGAAAUUGAAUAGGGAUAUUGAUGGCUGAAGAAUUAGAUGUUUAAUUCAGAAAUUGAGACUUAAAUUAUCAGGUAUUCUAUUUAUAUAGAAAUCAGCCACAAAAUUGGAUACGACUUUUUAUUUAAGUGGGACUUAGAUAAAGGUGAAAUCCGUCUCUUG